CCGCGGCCGAAACUGACAAGUCUCUCCCUCUCGGUCGUCUCUCUCUCUCGCGCGCGCGCUCAAUACUCGGCAGGAAGUUGUCGAGAUUGAAAAGGGUGAAAGCCACAAGACAAAACAAAACAAAGCCGACGCGUCUUAUUUAUGUUUCGGGAAAGUUGGGGAGUUCAUUCAAGGCUUCAGUAAAGCAGCCCGGGGAUCACUAAACGGAUUUAAUAUCGCAAAUAACGACCCAAGUGCUGAAUAUGGACUGAAUGGUGGCCGAAAACCCGAUGGAGGCGGCGAGAAGUUUUCGGUUCGUCCUGCUGCUCUGGAUUUUGGGAAUUACGAGAGUCGCGGCGAGAGAAGUAUGUCUGGGUACGGAUAUGAAGCUGGCUUUGCCAUCCAGUCUGGAGAACCAUUAUGAGAUGCUACGGCUCCUUUACACCGGUUGCCAGGUCGUCCAUGGCAACCUGGAGAUCACGCACCUACAAGGGACGUCGGAUCUUUCCUUCCUGAAGGAAAUCGUGGAGGUUCAAGGCUAUGUGCUGAUAGCCCAUGUUUCCAUGACCAUGGUUCCUCUGGAGAAUCUGCACAUUAUCCGAGGCAGUCAGCUGUACAACUCGAGUUACGCGCUCGCUGUCCUGAACAACACCGGAGUGGAGCAGCUAUGGCUCAGGAGUCUGACGGAGAUUUUACUGGGUGAUGUUUACAUCAAGGAAAACCCCAAACUGUGUUUCCCCGACCCUCAAUCUAUCAACUGGAAGGACAUCAUGGCUGACCAGGAUCUAAAUGGAAAACUGCAGAAUCUUCAGUCAUCAGCAGCUAAAUGUCCAGCUUGUCCUCAAUCAUGCAAAGUCAGGGGCUGCUGGGGCCCCACUGUAGCUGACUGCCAAACAUUGACCAACGUGCCCUGUACAUCAGGCUGUAAGCGCUGUAAAGGUCUCGAUGCGAGCGACUGUUGUCAUGUGCAGUGUGCUGCAGGCUGCACCGGCCCUAAGGACUCUGACUGUCUGGCUUGUCGGCACUUUAACGACAGUGGCACAUGUAAAGACAACUGCCCCGCUCCUUCCAUCUAUGACCCGGUGACGUAUCAGUCCAAACCGAACCCCAACAAGAAGUUCAGCUUCGGUGCCACCUGUGUGAAAAAGUGUCCAAAUAACUAUUUGGCCAUGGAUGUAGCGUGCACAAUGGUUUGCCCUACAGCCAAUCAGGAGGUCAUCAUCGUCCAACCAGAUGGCCAGGAGACACAGAAAUGUGAGAAGUGUGAAGGAGAGUGUCCGAAAGUGUGUUAUGGUCUGGGGAUGGGAAACCUCCAGGGGAUAACAGCUGUGAAUUCCUCCAACAUCGCUUCCUUCCAGGGCUGUAAGAAGAUCUAUGGCAGCCUGGCCUUCCUUACACACUCAUUUGAAGGGGAUCCACGCAGUAAUUCUUCAGGCCUGCAGUCGAGUGACCUAGAAGUGUUCCGAACUUUAGAGGAGAUCACAGGUUACCUGUACAUCGAUGCAUGGCCAGAGAACCGGAGUGACUUGAGUGUGUUCGAAAACCUGAAGGUCAUCAGGGGACGAAUGCUUUACAAGGGUGUGUUUUCUCUGGGAGUUCAGUCUCUCCACAUCGAGUCUCUUGGCCUGCGUUCUCUGCGCCGUGUCAGCGGCGGCCUUGUGCUCAUCCACAACAACUCCAAACUGUGUUACACAUCAUCUCUGCCCUGGGCAUCCCUGCUCUACCCGAGUCAGGAGCUCAACCUCAUCAGCAACAACAACCGAGACCCCAAAACCUGUGAGGCUGAGGGUCAUGUGUGUGACUCACUGUGUGCAAAUGGAAGCUGCUGGGGUCCUGGGCCGAGUCAGUGUGUGUCAUGUAAGUCGUUUCAGCGCGGUAUGGAGUGUGUGGAGCAGUGCAACAUCCAACAUGGUGACUUCAGAGAGUUCAUCGACGGAUCCUCAUGCGUGUCUUGUCACCCUGAGUGUCGGCUAAUCAAUGGCUCCGCCUCCUGCACUGGCCCUGGAGCGAACAAGUGUGUGGAGUGUGAACACUUUCAGGACGGUGACAUGUGUGUUGAGCGCUGCCCGAGCGGCGUGAAGGAGGAACAACACACCAUGUGGAAAUACGCCAAUGAGAGCGGACACUGCGUGCCCUGUGCCACCAACUGCACUGUCUCCUGUACGAUGGACGAUCGAGGAUGUCCAGUUCACCAGAAAACCGGGCCCGGGACGACGAUAGCAGCAAUCGGCGGCGUGGUUCUCUUUAUCAUCCUUCUGGGUCUGCUCAUCUUCUAUCUGUGCCGGCAAAAGAAUCUGAAGAAGAAGGAGACUUUGAGGAGACGGCUGCAGGAGCACGAGCUGGUGGAGCCACUGACACCCAGUGGAGUACAACCCAAUCAGGCUCAGAUGCGCAUCCUGAAGGAAACAGAGCUGAAGAAGUUGCGAGUUCUUGGCUCUGGAGCUUUUGGCACUGUCUACAAGGGAAUCUGGACACCUGAUGAAGAAACCAUGAAGAUCCCGGUGGCCAUUAAAGUGUUGCGUGAGAACACUUCCCCUAAGGCCAACAAGGAAAUUCUGGAUGAAGCGUACGUGAUGGCAGGUGUGGUCAGUCCAUAUGUGUGCCGCUUGUUGGGAAUCUGCUUGACCUCCACGGUGCAGCUGGUCACUCAGCUCAUGCCGUACGGCUGCCUGCUGGAUUACGUCCGAGAGAACAAGGACCACAUCGGAUCUCAGUACCUCCUCAACUGGUGUGUGCAGAUCGCUAAGGGAAUGAGUUACCUGGAGGACGCCCGACUGGUCCACAGAGAUCUGGCUGCCAGGAACGUUCUGGUGAGGAACCCCAACCAUGUGAAGAUCACAGAUUUCGGCCUGGCUCGCCUCCUGGACAUAGAUGAGACUGAGUACCAUGCAGAUGGUGGAAAGGUGCCCAUCAAGUGGAUGGCUUUAGAGUCGAUUCUUCAUAGGAAGUUCACUCACCAGAGUGACGUGUGGAGUUACGGAGUGACCGUGUGGGAGUUGAUGACCUUUGGCAUGAAGCCCUAUGAUCUCAUCCCAGCACGGGAUAUCCCUGAGCUGCUGGAGCGAGGAGAGCGCCUUCCUCAGCCUUUCAUCUGCACCAUCGACGUCUACAUGAUCAUGGUCAAGUGCUGGAUGAUUGACCCCGAGUGUCGACCCAGAUUCAAGGAGCUGGUGAAUAAUUUCAGCACUAUGGCACGAGAUCCUCCACGCUACGUCGUCAUUCCUAAUGAUGAGCAGAUGAGUCUGUCAAGUUUGGUGGACAGUAAGUUUUACCGCACAUUGCUGGAAGAAGAAGGAGGGAAUGUGAAGGAACUGCUGGAUGCUGAGGAGUAUUUGGUGCCGCAACCCGGAUUCUUUGAGAACCAGGCGAAUGGACUGACUAGACAUCACUCACACAGGAGCACAGACCUGGGACUGGAGACGGAUGCUGUGCCAAGUGGACGGAGCAUGCAUUCAUUGGUCAGCACGUUAGGGCGGAGUCUAUACCCGACACUUCCUGUUGGAGCCACGGUCAACGGAAAUUGGGGAGGCUCUCAGUACCGCUCGCUGGCCCGAAGCCAAUCCCAUUGCUCUGCUGGCGGCCAGUCAGACUCUGUGUUUCUCGACGGGGGCAGGGACGAGCCUCCUUCCAGUCCUGGACGCUACAGUAAGGAUCCCACUAUCCCUGGGUGCAUGGAUGGAGAUUUGGAAGUGGACGGGCCAAUAAAUUACCCGUCACACUCAUUGCCGCGCAAAACACACACGCAACCAGAGUAUGUGAAUCAGGACAUCCAAUCAGAACGGGCGAAUACGUUGCCACGUAAAUCCACAGAGAGGCGUUUACACAACGGCAUCACUGCUGGACGCAGCGUGGAGAACCCUGAGUACCUGGUGCCCACAUCUCCUGCUUUUGACAAUCCAUAUUACUUGGACCUUGUGUCUAAAGUGCCAGGUGGGGCUUCAGUGGGCGGAGCCACAUCACCACCCAGGCAGGUGAACGGCUACGUAACGCCAACAGCGGAAAAUCCAGAGUACCUGGGACUGGCCGAAACUUGGAGCGGCCAGAGAGAGGGCACCUGAGAAGGGGUGGAAAGGGGGGAAGCGGUGAGGGGCUGAGUGAGUCAUUGAAUGAGUGAAUCAGUGAGUCACUGAGUGAGUCUUUGAAUGAGUGAAUCCGUGAAUUAGAGAGUCAUAGAGUGGGAGAGUCAGUGAAUGAGUGUGUUAAGUACUGUAUGUUCUAGGGCUGUCAGAAUGCUUUAAAAAUGUUCUCUUGGUUUUAACUGUUUUAAAUCUUUAGUAUUUGUAUUAAGGAAUGCACGAUGUUAACAAGCCAUAGACCAAGUAGCCAUGCUGUAUUAUCACAUCACGUAAACCACAGCUGCUAUUUGUUUUGCAUUUUUUAAUCAGGCAUCACAAAGAGAUUCAUAAGCUAGAAAAUGGACACUACACUGUGUCCUGCACUAUACUACUGCCCAGUUCGAUGCAGUUUGACAUUGAGACACAGAAAAGUUCUGAAAAUGAGCUGACACAUAGAGAACACUACAGAACUUUAAUUUCCUUUAAAUUUAAAUAGGAAGUAAAUGCGCAAUUCAUGGCGUGUGCUUUCACAAGAUUAUUCAGAGCAGUACUCCUACAACAGUCCAAAAAUGUAUGAAACCUGCUGACUAAUAGCAGAACGUUGUAAGAUUGUGAAUAUCUAAAUAAUUAAAUAAUAAUUAAAUUGGAGUAUUUUUGGCAAAAUUUGUGUGAAAUUUGUUCUGACACAUAUGCCCUAAUACAUAUGAAGCAGUGAAUGUCAUGGAUGAAUGGAUGGAUGGAUGGAUGUGUGGACACUUUCUGGUGAAGACUGACCUACAGGAGACUCUCAGAUUCCAUCUAAGUCAUGGAAUUUCCUUUUAAAAAUCCAAUGUAGCAUCCGGUGUGUGGACAGCCUGGACAAUUUUGGUUGUUUAAACAUCACUGAAAGAUGCAAUUCAGACAGUGAAUUCACUGAACUUUGAAGAACGAACCCAUGCACGAUGUCUGUGGGAAAACCAAACGUGGUACAAUCCAACAGGGAUGGCUGUAAUUAUUGGUAUGAGCCAACGGGAACGUUUUAUUAAAAAAAAAAAAAAAAACACGAGGCAAAUGAAGCAUGUAAGAAUGUACAAACCAAAUGACACUGGAUCUGGAAA